UUUCUGUUUCAAGCUUAUUUUAAUAGUUUGUUGUGGAAAUGUUUAGCGUUUUAAUAAUUAUUUUAACCUGUUUUUGCACUGACGAUAUUUCAUGUAUAUUGGGAUUUACUAAGAAUGACAGGAAUUUACCGUAAUAAAUGUGAACCACAGUUUUGUAUUGAAAAUUAGUUGGCUCGAAUAUUAUUGUAUCACCAAAUGAAACAUCUUUUGGUGUGUAUCCAGUAUGAAGGGUAUUGGAUGGAAUCCCAUUAUGGAGGUUAUCUGUUGUAGAGAGAGUAUCAGUGGAGAAAGUAAAUGAUUUUUUAGAUAGAAGAAGAUCAACGUAAUUAUCAUUAUUUACUCCUAAUAUGUUGUGAGGACAGUAAUCAAACUUUUUUACUCCAUUUCCAAUUAUAGAUUUUCUAGUUAAUGUACUAUAAUUUAUUCUACUGUUAAUUUGUCAUAAAAUAUCAUUAAUACUAGAGAACCCUUUUGUAACAAUAAUGUGUGUAUUAUUUGUUAGAUACAUCUUCUCGUCUUCUUCAAUGUUGUAAAACGUGUAAACCAAACGCGCUCUAAAUAAACCAUUUUUUUACUAUUAUUUCUAUUGUCGAUAGGUUUUUGCAAAUCGAUACCUUUUCAAAUGUCAUCUAUUACAAUAUACAUUUUCUAAGUUAUAUAAUAUAAUGAAUUGAAUUUAUAAAUACGAUCCUAAAAUAUCCGGGUUUUAUGAACCAAACGGUGGAAAAUACCUACAACAAUUCAAAGCAAAGGACCUAUACAUACAGAAUAUAGUGGUUUCGGAGAAUGUAGGUGAUUUCCAGAGUAAGUUUACAAACAUAUUUACCAACUAUGAGGUAGGAGCAGUUGGGGCAGGAGAUCCAACAUUUAACAAUUGGAAAACUAACCCAUUCAAACUAUGGCAGACCCAAUUAAAUUUUGCAGUAUUUCUAUCGACAAGCGUAUGUGGAAUAUCACCAGAGCGUUUAAAUUCAGAUCAUCCUUUGGCUAAAAGCAUAUACAGAUUCCAUGUUUAUUAUCACAUUAGACGUAUAUUUAAAAUUCUGGAAGCCUAUCUACCAUAUCAACAAGGAUUUUUUGGUAGUAAUAAUACAUUCACUAGGGAUAAAUAUCUUCAAUUAUGUAGAAAAUAUGGUGUUGACAGCAAUUAUAAUACAUGGAGAAAUGAAAACUAUAUGAGUUCAUACCAAAGUAAGAGACCAGAAUAUAAAAACACACCUGGUGAUUCAUAUUAUGAUUCCAACGGUUUUGCUAGAUGGAAUAUAGAACAUUUGAGGAGUUUAACAACAAUUGGUGUACAGAAAUUAAGCGAAUCGGUUAGAGCCUAUUCAUACCUUCUAAUAACAUCCCAAACGUCUACAAGAUCAAGCAUUUUAGGUAAUACAGGUCCAGCAUUAGAUUGCCAGCAAGUGUUUCUAAACAACUUUGAAAACAUUAUUAAUAGACAUGUGGAUAUAGCAGAAGACAUUAAAAGAUUCCAGGAUACACUACAAUAUGCUAGAAGUAAAGUGGAUUAUGUUGUUGGUGAGAAUGUGUUUAUGUUACCAAGUGAUAUGAACCUUAGAAUUGGAGAAGUGAAUAACUAUAAUAAUGAAAUCCUAGUAUCAAAAUCAGACUUUGGCUUGGGUACUAAUCUUAAAGUUAAUACAGAAAAGAAACCAGAUCUAAAACCUAUACCAAAAGAAAAGAAACCAGAUCCGACUACAUCAAAGAAGAAGAACCCAGAUCCUAUACCACCAAAGAAGACAAAUCCUACAAUUCCAAAGAAGAAGACUACUGAUAAUACAAAAUCAGAAGUACCGACAGGUGAAAUAACUCAUGAGGAGGAGAAAAUAGCUGUAAUUUAACUAUAAGUACUGUGUUUUCAAUAUGGUGGUAUCUUUUUUAGAUAGAUUAUCUUCUUUUUCUUGUCAUAAAGUAUGUAUAGAUUAACACACCUAUACCUGUAAUAAGUACCCAUACAUUUUUCGAUAGCCAUCCAAUGGCAUCCUUUGCUCUAUUUAGUAUCUAUGCCACCACGGAUCCUAUUAUACCCGGUAGUGCCGCUGCUGCUUUUCCUGCUAAUUUACCAAGUAGGCCAGCGAGUGCUUUCAACAUGUUCUUUAUGAAUUCCUUGGCACCUCCUUUACCACUAGGUUUAUCACCUCCUCCACCACUGGCUGCUGUUGCUGACCCACCACCGGUUAAUGCUUCAACGAGGAAAGCAAUAGUCAUAUCAAAGGCUGUCAUAAUUGAUACUAUUGUUAUACCUUGUUCACGGAAGAGGUUUUUAAUCCUUUCGCCUAGUGUACCGGUUUCUUUAUCUACAAAAUGUGAAAGCGAAUUUUUAAUUUGUUGUAUUUCAAUUGAAUAUUCAUCUUUUAACUUACUGAGAUCCUUUUCCUUUUAACUUUUUCUAAGAUUUCCACUUUCUUCAUCUAUCCUAUCUUUAACUUCCUGUUUCUGUUUCUCGGUAUAGCUCUCAUCAUCUUCCAUUACCUUAAGCUUUAUGUACUCCUUCUUUUGCCUAUUUUUGGUUUCCUUUAUCCUAUCAUAUAGAGCUUUAAUUCUAUCUAUGAGUUUCUUAAAUGCACUAUUUCUUGAUUUUAGUUUUUUUUCAGUUGAAAUGUAUUUUCAUCACUAAUAAGGGAUGAAUCUAUAGUAUGUGUUAAAUCAUCUACUCCUAUCGAUGCUUCUGAUGCUUUUGUAAUAUCAUCCAUUUCUAUAUCAUAGCCUUUAUUAUCAUGGCCUGAUUCUAUCUUUUUAAAAUCUCCCUGUAGUUCAGUAGCCUUCUUACUUCUUACUUCUAUUUCUUUUACUUCUGCCGAUAUAGAUGAAUUUGGAUCAAAACCCAUAUCCCUAAGAAAGAGAAAUAAGGUACGGCUAGCUAAAAUAAGGUACGGCUAGCUAAAAUAAGGUACGGCUGGAAAAUAUUAAGGUACGGCUGGGUCUUAUCAUAUAAGAAACAACUUUAAAUGCUAAAAACAUUCAAUAAAAACGAAAUUAUGUUAGGUACGGCUAGCCAAAAUAAGGUACGGCUGGACCAUAUUAAGGUACGGCUGGGUCCUAUCGUAUAAAGACACAUCUUCAAAUGAUACAAAUGUUCCAUAAAAACGAAAUUAGGUUAGGUACGGCUAACCAAAAUAAGGUACGGCUGGACAAUAUUAAGGUACGGCUGGGUCCUAUCGUAUAAAGAAACAACUUCAAAUGCUAAAAACGUUCAAUAAAAACGAAAUUAUGUUAGGUAUGGCUAGCCAAAAUAAGGUACGGCUGGACUAUAUUAAGGUACGGCUGGGUUCUAUCAUAUAAGAAACAACUUCAAAUGCUAAAAACGUUCAAUAAAAACGAAAUUAAGUUAGGUACGGCUAGCUAAAAUAAGGUACGGCUGGACCAUAUUAAGGUAAGGCUGGAUUUUAUUAUAUAAGAAAGAACUUCAAAUGCUAAAAAAAAUUAAUAUAAACGAAAAACAAUAAGUACGUAGAAGAAGUAGAGUUUACUGGAAAGUAAAUUGCGGGCGAGGUUAAAAAAAAUUGUAUGCAAUAUGCUCUACUAGGUUGGCUCCACAUUGCUUUCUGCACAGGAAAAUAAAAAAAUGCUACUUUGAAAGUGAUGCGGUAAAUCUUCUGUCUAACUGAGGUAUAGACUGUGAAUGUCUGAAUAAGGAGUAGAAUUAACGUUUUCGCCAGUUGAGGAACACACGCCUUUUUAUUCGUUGGAUGUUAUAGUUAAUGGAAGAGAUGUACACUUUUUAUAUAAAACAAAAGAACUUUUUAAAAAAAAUUAAUAUUCGUUGUUGUUUAUGAGAGCACGUUAUUUUAAUGAUGGGAAACAAUAAGAAAAAGGAAGAACCUAAUAAAGCCGCGAAACAAUGUGUGAGUAUAGGUUUUUGUUUUUUUUAUUUUGAUUGUGUUAACUGUGUCUCGAUUUAAUUCAGCAUAUACACUUUUUAUAAAAACAAUUUUUUGUAAGAACAAUAAGGUUAAAAAUUAUUGACAAAUAAGAACGAAAUAAGAACAAGAAGCCCUGGGGGCUCUAAGAAUUUUCUCGCGCUACCAAAAUAUUUGAUGAAAACCUGCUAAUUCGUUGUGUUAUUGUGCCAAACAUUCGAAGGGGUUCGGUGCAUGAACCUCUGAAGAUAAAGCACACCACUGACAUUAUAUCUUACAACAAACGCAAACAAAUCGAAACGUGUCAUUAAACUCACAUUUUAAAAGAAA